AUGACCGUCAUCGCUGUGGCGGGAGGCUCCGGGGCUGUGGGAAAGACCUUGGUCGAGAGAUUGAUUCAGGAGCCCAAAUUCAAAGUCAUCGUGUUAUCUCGUCAAUCAACUCAAGAAUCAUCUACCUCGGAAGUUUCAACAGUGCAAAUUGAUUACGACGAUAUUGUUUCGAUAGCGAAGACUCUUGAUGCGAACAAUGUUCACACCAUCAUAUCAGCAAUUGGCCUUGUCUCCGAUGAGACAAGUCAAUCCCAACUGAACCUCAUUGAUGCAGCCGAAUUAUCCACAGCAACACGGAGAUUCAUUCCGAGUGAAUACUCGUUUAUUCAAACGGCAGAUCUUCUUCCGAUAGAUCCAAGCAUCAAGUUCUGGCUCGAUGCAGCCGAUCGUCUGAAGAACAGUACACUUAAGUAUACCCGAGUCAUUCCUGGCUUCUUUAUGGACUACUGGGGCAUGCCUCGUGUCCAAACCAACCUUCAUCCCUAUGUGUUUGGAAUCAACAUCGCCAAGCGCGAAGCCGCUAUCCCCGGUGAUGGAAAUGACGUGAUCUGCAUGACCUACACCCACGAUAUGGCCACCUACGUGAUCAAAGCACUCGAUCUCGACGUGUGGCCUGAGUUUAGCGUGAUCGUAGGAGACGAAGUCACCUAUAACCAGAUUCUGAGCCUGGCAGAGGAAAUCACAGGAACCAAAUUCAAAGUGACAUACGACAGCAUCGAGCAAAUCAACGCAGGGGAUGUUACUGUCCCACCAAGUCUUGAUGAUACAGAAGAGGACUCAUUUGAUGAAACGAAAGAGAUGACGGCAUUGGUCAGCCGUCUUACUGUGAGUGGGGUUUUCCAAUUCCCCAAGGAGAACAGGCUCAAUGCCCAGUUCCCGGAUGUGCGCCCCAUGAGGAUGAGAGAAUUAUUGGAGAAGUGCUGGAAAUAA